AUGGCUUUGGCUUGUUGUAUCAGAUCCGGGAUCUCCUUCUUCAAGACCAUCACCAUCUCAGAUUCUGUCUCCUCUGCAAAAUCUCUUCCGAGUGGACACCCGCUUAUCCCUGCGUUAAGAGAUUAUAGAACAACUUCAGCUCAGAAAAAUGUUAAGAUUGAAUCUGAUCUUUCUGAGCUGGUUGAGGCAAUAAAGACCAGCCCUACUUUCUCACAGUUUACAAAGGAUCCCUUAGUUCCUAGAGAGACAAGAUUGGCUGCUAUUGUGGAUGUUUGUGAGAAAGCAAAGUUUCCUGAACCCACCAAGAACUUCCUCUCUUUCUUAGCUGAGAAUGGGAAGCUGAAAAACCUGGACCUGAAAACAGCACAUAGGGGAAACGUCAAAGUCUUGGUUACCACAGUCAUGACUUUUGGGGUAAUUAUAUGUGAAGUUGCAACAAUGGAGAAGGCACAAACCGCACUGGAGUUGUUGAGGUAUAACAAGAACAAGUUUAAUCUUGUGAUCAGGGAUGUUGACAUGCCAUGGUUUCAAGCUACUUGA